AUGGAAGUUGGGCUCGUCACGAAAGGCUUGAAUUUCUCUCGGCGGAGAAAGAGAUGGCUUUUCGCACUUGCAGCUCUUGGCUUGUCCGGUUAUGGUGCUUAUAGGGUUUAUAACUUGCCCUCUGUGGUCAAGAAGAGGAAGAGGUUCGUGAAGCUCUUAGGAGCCCUAAUUUCUGUGGCCGAGAUGGUCUCUGAUUCGGCUGAGACCAUCGGCAUUGUCUCCAAGGAAUUGAAGGAGUUUCUACGUUCUGAUUCAGACGAAAUGCCCCAGAGUUUAGUGCAAAUUUCCAAAAUUGCGAGGUCGGAGGAGUUCUCUGGGUCGCUGAGUAAGCUUACAGAGGCUAUGACGGUUGGGAUUGUUCGAGGGUGUAGAUUAGAGAUGGAAAAUCAGAGUGAAUCAGAGACGGGUUUGGGGAAUUCGAGCUUUUCCGAUAGGGUUUUGGAGAAGGUUUUCUCUACAGCCGGGACAAGGUUCGUUUCGGUUGUGGUUGGAAGCUUUGCGAGGAACAUGAUUCUGGGUUUUUACUCCAAUGAUCAAUCAGUCGAUAGUUCCAGUUCGUCCAGGUCAAGUUUAUCGGAUGUGCCUAGAUGGGUUAAUGUGGUUUGCAGUGAUAGAAGUAAAGAGCUCAUAGCAAAUUGCAUACAGGUUUUCGUAAGCACUGCAGUUGCAGUGUACCUUGACAAAACGAAGGAUAUCAAUUUCAUUGAUGAAAUGUUUGAUGGAUUGACCAAUUCCAAGCAUCAAAACAAAGUAAGGGACGUUCUGGUUUCUCUUUGUAAUGGUGCUGUGGAAACGGUCGUCAGAACUUCUCACCAAGUUUUGACGAGUUCAAAUUCGAGUUCAAGUUCAAAUUCACGUUCUUUCUCCAUUGUUGAUCAGAAUGAAGGUCUAAGUGGAACUACAGACCAGUGCUUGGGGCAAGAAGUAUCUGCAGGGCAGCCGAAGGAGGGAACUUCAUUGGACGUUAUUCAGAGUAGUGGGUGGGUCGGCAAGGUUUCAUCUACAUUGGCAGUGCCAAGCAAUAGGAAGUUUGUUCUUGAUGUGACAGGGAGGGUGACAUUUGAGACAGUACGUUCUCUUGUUGAAUUUAUGUUGUGGACGGUGUUAGAUGGCUUGAAAAGAAGUGUUAAUGUACUUCAUGGGGAGGUUGAAGACAGGGGAUUGCAAGUCAUCAGAUACUUCAGUGGAAAGUCGUCCGUUAUAAUUACCAUAUGUCUUGCUUUGCAUUUAUAUAUCCUGAGUGGUACUAGAGUUCUCUUCACUGCUUAA